AUGGCGCUUGUUCAAUCCGUGGAAAUUCCGCAGACACUUGUAGAUGCCUUUAAAGAGAAGAUCAAGGAUGGCAAGGCUAUCUCUACCGGGCUUUUCACGCCGGAAAGUACUCCAGAGCCACCACAACUGCCUUCAAAGAAAAACAAUGCCGAAAUACGAGCCAAACGGAUCGCAGCUCUCAUUCAGAGCAUUGAGGACAAUGAUACCGAUUUCGGCAUCCUAGGUGUUUGGACCACCGCGGCCUUCCAUUCUCGAGUACCAGCCCUUAAAAAGGCACUCGAUAAGGAAACAUCGGAGGAGGCCAAAAAGGCCCUUCAAAAGGUCGAGCAGGCAGAGAUUACUCUUGCGGAGAAGGUUGCCGCGUCCAAAGCGGCCAUUAAUAGGGCCCUCGAGAACCCGGAUAUGGCCCUUGUAGAUUUAUUGGAAGUCAGGGAUGAUGACGACCGAGACGUGAAGCUUGCAAGUUGGAAGUGGCUCCUCAGUCCAGAAUGGAACAAAGAACCUGAGGCAGACAAGGCGAGGCACAUACUGUUGGAUGCCAUCAAAGCGUACGACGGGGAGGAUGACGACAUGGCAAGCGGCAGUGAUGAUGACGAGGUGGAGGAAGACGAGCAGCCCUUGCCCGAGACAAAGAAAAUUGUCCCCAGCUCAUUUUUAUCUGAGCUGAUGGGCUCAAAGAGUGUGUCUACCAAGAUUGGUGUCUCUGUCAUCCCAGGAUCGACAGUUGGUGGAGGCAAAAUACUCCGCUAUAAUGAAUACUUUGCACAGCGAUCCAAAGGAGAUGACAGCGCUGAAAAGGGGAAAAGACCGCCACGGUACAAUUUCCUGGUGUGGAACGAAGGCGAAUACUCCAUGAAAACUGGCAAAGAGGUCGGCCAGACUGCGAUCGAUGGCUAUUUCAGAGACGGCAAGGAAAGCAAGCUUAAGAUAGGGGAGUACUAUGGAGAGCGCCGCCAUGGCAUCACAUACUCACGCAAAUACUUCUCUGAGCUAUUGGAGCGGUCCAGAAAAACGGGGAUUGACACUCUCUUGUUUCUCGGUGCAGUGCGCAAGGCACCACGAACACCCUCUGGUAGGACCAUGCCUCCAGAACACUGUAUAAUUGGUAUACGUGAUCCGGAUAUGAACGCCGAAUGGUAUGAAGUGUUCACUCGAUCCGCUUGGACUAAGUUCUAUGGCGAUGAAGCGGGACAUCGCUUUGAUGAAUACUGGAAAGAACGGGGUCAAAAGCCAUCCUUUAGAGUAGCCUUGAAAGAUGACGAUACGAAUACUGGGCAGGACUCGAAUGUGGAAAACGCGGCACUGAGGAAAGAAAUCGAUCUGAUUCGACAGGAGGUGAAAGAGAUCAAAUCCAUGAAGGAUGAUAUGGAAACCAGGAUCAUGGCUGAGAUGCAGAAGAUGACCGCCAAUAUCAUGACUCAAAUGAACGAAAUGAUGAAAAGCAUGUCUGCAAUGGUCAACAAAGAAGAGGUCAGCAUGGAAGAGUAA